AUGGGGAAAGCCCUCCCGGACCCAGCCCGGAGCCUUCCCGCACCGCACCCCGACAAAAACAAGGACCCAGGAGCCGAAGACAAAUUCAUCCAGAUCAGCAAGGCCUACGAGAUUCUCUCCAACGAGGAAAAGAGGGCAAAUUUUGAUCGCUACGGAGAUGCCGGGGAAAGCCAGGGCUACUCUCAGCACCAGCAUCGCCAGUUCCACCACUUCCACGAAGGCUUCUGUUUUGACGAGUCCUUCUUCCACUUCCCCUUCCAUUCGGAGAGGCGCGACGCCUCCGACGAGAAGUAUUUGCUCCACUUUUCCCACUACGUCAACGAAAUCGUGCCAGACAGCUUCAAGAAACCUUACCUCAUUAAAAUCACCUCGGACUGGUGUUUCAGCUGCAUCCACAUCGAGCCCGUGUGGAAGGAAGUCAUAAAGUGUGAAAAUACAAUCUGUAAGUUUGAAAUACAAUCUUUAAGGACUGCAAGAGGAGGAGAGAGAGUGGGAAUUGGCGUCGUUCACGCUGGGUACGAGAGACGCCUCGCCCAUCACCUGGGUGCCCACAGCACACCGUCCCUGCUAGGGCUCAUCAACGGGAAAAUCACCUUCUUCCACAACGCCGUCGUUCGAGAAAACCUGCGGCAAUUCGUGGAGAACCUUCUGCCAGGGAAUCUCGUAGAAAAGCCGGCGCUCCUCGAAAACAGAGCUGCCAGCCUGCUCCUCUCCCUGAGGGCCCCUAAACGAGCCGGGAUCUCCCUUUUAUCCCCUUCCUCUAGCUCAAAGAGGUACCGCAGCUGA